GCGAUAAUGAUUGGGUGGCCGGCAACUACUCCUGCAAUAGUUCUUCCAAUCAUUAGAGACCCCUUCUGUUGCAGCUUUAUUUGAGUAGAAAUUACGGGUUCAACUCUAUAUCUUUUAUGUAUAUUGUCCUUUGGACAAGUGCUCUGCCAGUACCCUUUUAUGGCCGCUUAACAUUCUGCAUUACCAACUUCUUUUCUUUGUUUGUUAAUAUUAUUUUAAAUCAAUUUUCUCUUCUGCCUCUCUCUUUCUCUCUUGUUGGACUUUAUCAACUUCAACUAUUUUCCACCACCUCCAUUUGUUUAUUUCUCUUUAUUCUUCGCGUCUCUCACACUCUUUUUUUGUCUCUCUCAUUCUGAAUCCCAUUAUCUGUCUUUGCCACCCCUACUCGACAUUGUCUUACAAAUAUGAUCCAUGAUUAUACAAUACUCCUCCUCCAUAUCCAUUUGUUUGCUUCUUGUAUUGGGUUUUCCAAUAGAUAAAUAACGUACAUGAAACCAUUAUCCAAACAAUAAUUUUCAAUUUAUUAUAUAUAUUCCUUUUUUGAAUAAAAAAAAAUGAAAGGAUGACAAAGAGGUCAAGUAGGUAAAGACGUGGCAAUAGGAAGAGUGUUUUGCUCUGUAUUUUCGCUUCCUUCGAUGGAUAAACAAACAUGAAACCUUUUGUUGUGGACAUGAUGAGCUUUGAAAGCUUAAGAGAAUUCUCAACCCUUGUUUUUGUCCCUCAAAUUUCUCUUCCUCCCCUUAUUUGUCUGACCUCUCAAUAUUAAUGUGUCCCCAAAAUUAAGGAUCUCUACCAUUUCUCCUUUUCAUUUUCCAUUUCUCUUCUUUUCUUCAAUUAUUUUCCCCAAGGCCCUGGCUCUCACAGUUGAACAGCAAACAUGGCGAAUUCGGCAUCUGGAAUGGCUGUGCAUGAUGACUGUAAGCUCAAGUUUUUGGAACUAAAAGCAAAGAGGAACUACCGAUUCAUCAUUUUCAAGAUUGAAGCUCAGCAAGUGGUAGUAGACAAACUUGGAAGCCCUCAAGAAACCUACGAGGAUUUCACUGCAUCUCUGCCAGCUGAUGAAUGCCGCUAUGCUGUCUUUGAUUUUGAUUUCACGACUAAUGAGAAUUGUCAGAAAAGCAAAAUUUUCUUCAUUGCUUGGUCACCUGAUACUUCAAGGGUGAGAAUGAAGAUGGUGUAUGCAAGCUCCAAAGACAGAUUUAAGAGGGAACUAGAUGGCAUUCAGGUUGAGUUGCAAGCAACAGAUCCCAGCGAAAUGAGCCUCGACAUUGUAAAAGGGCGAGCACUUUAGACACUAAUCCUUUCUCUUGUUUGAUGUUUGAGCCUUUUUUUUGACAAAUUACAUGUCAUCAAAGUAUCAAACUCAGCAUUGUUUAUUUUGUUUCAUUUCAUUUCAUUUAUUUUCUGUUGCAUGGGGUUUUUACACCAACCCCUCUAGUUUGAUGUAAUAUGCGAACUCGGUACUUCUAUCUUGUUUAUUACUUUUUUUCUGCCGUUUCAUUCGGCAAACUACUAUUCUUUCCUCUUGUAAUUGUCCUGUAGUUUCAGAGAAAUAUCGUAAUUAAGUUGCGUGAGAAUCUUUAAUUUGCUCAA